AUGCUGACGAUGCGCCGCAACUCGCUCGCCGUGCAGGAGCACGACCUCUCGCUGCAGGACCUCACGGAGCUCAUCGCCGAGAUGGUGGGAGAUGAGGCCACGUACGCGGCCUCCAUUCACCUCGCAAUCCGACGACGCGUGGAAGGCGCACCCACCCAUGGACCUCAAGACGCCCAUCAAGGCUCUGGACGCGGACAAGUUGUAGGAACUCGCCACUUGCGAAGGCAGCGGCUUCCAAUCCGCGCUGCACGUCCUCUUCGAGACCGACCCUUUCAUGCUGUCGAGCAUCCUACGACUGCACACGAUGCGGCGUUGGUGCGCGGCGGCCAAACCGCUAGCGCCGGCUCAAGCGUUCUGCGAUCGCUUCAAGGCCAUCACUGGCAGCGCGCCGACCAGCGGCAACUACAUCGACGCGGUCGCCCACUUCCAGGAGCGCUCAGAACACUACCACGACGCGCUGAUGCCCGCGGUGGCAGAAAUGGCCUUGCGUACUUUGAAUACGCGCUCGUUCUCCAUGCGCCGUAUCACUAUCGACAUGAUGCUACAUAUUGUAUGCUGGUUGCCGUGCUCGGCCACGCCAUUGAUUGGUUGCCGACCUCCAGCCCGACGCGCAUGCUCACGUCGCGCUGCCUUUUGAACCUUCUAUACUCGGAGCUCGGUGCAGCGAUUGUCGCCCACCUCCAAGAGCACGUGCCGAGUGGCCACGUCAACGACAUCGUGGCGCUGCGCAAUGCGGAGAAGGUGUACACUACCAGCUACCACGUCGUGCUCGAAGGCAUUGGCGGGACGCCGACAUGCGCCGCUCCAGUGCUGAGGCGGCCGCGGCCCCCGACCAUCACCUCUACACCGCUUUUUCUCUCGCUACCAUCAGCAUCAACAACAUUCCCGACAUCGGCCACCUCUUGA